AGAAACUAAAACCCACGAAGAAGAAAUCUUUGUUCUGGCGGUUGUAGGUAAAACCGAAGCGGACACGUUUUGACUAGUUUGGUGAAGAAAACUUGUCCAGCCUAUAUUCUCGGUUUAUUUUCGUCAUGGUGAAGUUAUCUGCGGAGCUGAUAGAGCAGGCUGCUCAGUACACCAACCCGGUGAGGGACCGGGAGCUGGAUCUACGAGGUUAUAAAAUCCCAGUGCUGGAGAACCUCGGAGCCACUCUGGACCAGUUCGACACCAUUGAUUUCUCUGACAACGAAGUGAGGAAGUUGGAUGGCUUCCCUUUGCUCAGGAGACUGAAAACACUGCUGAUGAACAACAACAGAAUCUGUCGGAUCGGGGAGAAUCUGGAGCAGGCCCUGCCCAGCCUCAGAGAGCUGGUUCUCACCAACAACAACAUCCAGGAGCUGGGAGACUUGGACCCGCUGGCCUCGGUGAAGACAUUAAACCUCCUCAGCCUGUUAAAGAACCCAGUGACGAACAAGAAGCACUACAGGCUCUACGUCAUCAACAAAAUCCCACAGAUCCGUGUGCUCGACUUUCAGAAAGUAAAGCUCAAGGAACGGCAGGAGGCAGAGAAAAUGUUCAAGGGCAAACGAGGCAUUCAGCUGGCAAAGGAUCUGGGAAGGCGAACAAAAACAUUCACUCCAGGAGUGGCUGCACAGGCUGAGAAGAGGAGGACGGGACCGUCUCAAGCAGAUGUGGAAGCCAUCAAGAACGCCAUUGCUAACGCCUCAUCACUGGAAGAGGUGGAACGGUUAAAAGGCAUGCUGCAGGCCGGACAGAUCCCAGGACGAGAUCCCAGACAAGAUCCCAGUGGGAUGGAGGAGGAAGAAGAAGAGGAAGACUACAACGGUGGAGAGGCACGUAUGGAGGAAGGUUACGGAGAUGGCAUGAAUAACGGGGCCCAAGGAGAGGAUGAAGAUAUGGAGGAUGAGCCACAUGAAAACGGCUCCUGAAUCCGUCGGUUUCUGUUCGAUUUUCUUUCAGAUUCUGUUUUUGCAAAGAUGUGCGCCAUUUUAUUUUGUAUAUUGAAUUUGAUUAAACAGAUUUCUUGUA